CAGCCAUCCGCAUCAGACAGAUUUCAUUCAGUGUGUGGCCGCUCCGCGGAGAACAACAGGCUACCUCCCUCAGUCCUGUGAUGCUGCACAGCAAUGGGACAAAGGAAAAACCUUUAAAGGAAGGUUUCUGUCUAACAAAGAGCCAUAAAGGAGGAUCACGAUGGGAUCCUAAAUGUUUAAAUAUUAGAAAAAAAUCUUUUUUAAAUUAAGUAUGCGCUCAUCUUUCAAGUAACUUCUGCUCAUAAUCAUAGAUCAUCUCUAAUGUUCAGUUUCAGAAGGUGAUGUUAUUCAGUAAUCAGUUGAGAUACUGUUGUUAGUGUUACUAGUGGCGGAGCUUUACUACUAGAAAUGAAAAUGUGGAAUCAAACAUGCACAUAACUAAAGGGGCUCAGUCUGCCUCCGUGCUUCUGGCAGGGCAGUCUUUCCUCCAUGGUGCCCUCAUGCUGUACUAGUUACUGACUGACCUGUCAGCACCGCCAGAAGCCGCGACCCCGGUGUCGCCAUGACCCCGUCAGACAAUGAGGAAACCGGGAGCGACCUGUCCGAGUCUCUGGAGAUCCGCGAGCUCCAGGACCAGUACUUGGACUCGGAGAGCUGCUUCAAGUCGAAGAGUUUACCCAUCCUGAACGGGCCCUGUCAGCAGGAUGGCAAGGCGGCCGAGCCGCAGCUGGUGGACACCACCCACACCUGCGUGGCGGUGGAGGAGAGGCACGAGCUCCAGCCCAAAACACCGGACUCCAGCCAGGCAGAGUCGCCCUCCUCCAGGACAGACUUCUCCCCGUCGGUCUCCAGCAUGGUGGGGCUCAGCAGCUCUCUGCCUGUGGAGGGUCACCGGCCCGCCGGAUCGAAGAUGCUCGGUUUCUCCCUCACUCGCCUUAUCCACAUCCCAGCCAGGAAGUACGUCCGGGUCAUCCUGAGCGACUCGCGCUGCUUCUUGUUCUGCAUGUGCUACCUGACCUUCAUCCAGUCCCUGAUGGUUUCGGGCUACCUGAGCAGUGUCAUCACCACCAUCGAGAAGCGCUACAGCCUGCGCAGCUCCGAGUCUGGCCUGCUGGUCAGCUGCUUUGACAUUGGCAGCUUGCUGGUGGUGGUCUUUAUCUCGUACUUUGGCGGCAGAGGUCAGAGGCCGCGCUGGCUGGCUGUCGGCGGUGUUGUUAUAGCCGUUGGGGCGGCGUUGUUUUCCCUGCCCCACUUCAUCUCGCCACCCUACCAGAUCCAGGAGAUGAACUCCUCGGCUGGCCACGAAGGCCUCUGUCAGAGCGGCAACGGCAGCGGGCGCGACCUGCUCGAUGUGGCGUCCUGCCCCCGCGACCAGGAGGGCAAUGAGCACAACUUGUACGUGGCGCUAUUCAUAUGUGCCCAGAUACUGGUGGGCAUGGGGUCAACGCCAAUCUACACCCUGGGGCCUACCUACCUGGACGACAACGUGAAGAAAGAGAACGCUUCACUCUAUUUAGCUAUCAUGUACGUAAUGGGAGCCCUGGGACCUGCAGCUGGCUACCUGCUGGGAGGGGUUCUCAUCGGCUUCUACGUCGACCCCAAAACAGUCGUUAACAUCGACCAGAACGACCCUCGCUUUGUUGGCAACUGGUGGAGCGGCUUUCUCCUGUGCGCCAUCGCCAUGCUCCUGGUCAUCUUCCCCAUGUUUGCGUUUCCCAAGAAGCUUCCCCCGCGCCACAAAAAGAGGAAGAAGAAGAAGAAGAAGGGCUCGUCGGGUGACGUGUCCAGCGACGACGACGUGAUGAAAGAGAAGUCCGGCAGCAAAGGCCAAAACGUCUCGUCGUCGAUGGGCUUUGGAAAAGAUAUUAAAGACCUCCCCAAGGCGGCGCUGAGGAUCCUCAGCAACAUGACCUUCCUGUUCGUCAGCCUGUCCUACACCGCCGAGUGCGCCAUAGUCACGGCCUUCAUCACCUUCAUUCCAAAGUUCAUCGAGUCCCAGUUUGGUAUCCCCGCCUCCAACGCCAGCAUCUACACAGGUGUGAUAAUCGUACCCAGUGCCGGGGUGGGCAUCGUGUUGGGGGGCUACAUCAUUAAGAAGCUGAAGCUCGGUGCCAGGGAGUCCGCCAAGCUGGCCAUGAUCUGCAGCGGAGUGUCUCUGCUCUGCUUCUCCACGCUCUUCAUCGUGGGCUGCGAGAGCAUCAACCUGGGAGGGAUCAACAUACCGUACACUACCGGUCCCACCCUGACCAUGGCCCACAGGAACCUGACGGGCAGCUGCAACGUGAACUGCGGCUGCAGGAUCCACGAGUACGCGCCGGUCUGCGGCUCGGACGGCAUCACCUACUUCAACCCGUGUCUGGCUGGAUGCAGCACCGUGGGCAACGACAGCUCCGGGAUCAGGAACUACACGGACUGCGGCUGCGUGCAGAGCCGGCAGGUCAUCACGCCGUCGUCCGGCGGCCAGGUCAACCAGCUGCAGCUCGUCAUCGUCAAGACCUACCUGAACGAGAAUGGCUACGCCAUGUCGGGGAAGUGCGACCGCACCUGCAACACCCUCAUCCCCUUCCUCAUCUUCCUCUUCAUCGUCACGCUCAUCACCGCCUGUGCCCAGCCCUCCGCCAUCAUCGUCACACUCAGGUCUGUCGAUGAGCAAGAGAGGCCUUUCGCUCUCGGGAUGCAGUUUGUUUUGCUGCGAACUCUUGCCUACAUCCCGACGCCCAUCUACUUCGGCGCGGUGAUCGACACCACCUGCAUGCUGUGGCAGCAGGACUGCGGCGUGCACGGCUCCUGCUGGGAGUACGACGUCACCUCCUUCCGCUUCGUCUACUUCGGCCUGGCGGCCAGCCUGAAGUUCGUGGGCUUCGUCUUCAUCUUCCUCACCUGGUACUCGAUCAAGCACAAGGAGGCGCGGGCCGAGCGCUGGCGCCAGCGCCUGCCUCCGCUGGGCACCGUCAGCGAGCUCAUCUGCCACGCCGGCGGCCACAAGAGCCACGCGCGCACCCGCUCCUGCCCGGUCUUCAUCCCGCCGCGGCCCGAGCCGCCGGCCGCCCUGCUGCUCAACCGCGGCCACAGCAGCCUCAGUUGCCCCGGCAACGCCCUCAAAGCAAUAACGCCCCCCGUCUUGUUGCCGCACCACCACAGAGGCUCCGCUCACGUCUGAGAGCUCGCCAGCCGCCCCCCCCCCCCCCCCCGGGGUCCAUCGCGACAUGUGCCUUCCUGUUUGUGUUUCCGCACAACACCGCCGCUCCACCGCCGCCGCCGCCAGAGACACAAGCCGCGCCCGCCACACCUAAAGGGCUGCUCAUGUUUAUGACGACAGGAGAGACGGAGCAUAUCAUCAGCCGCAGCACCCCCCCCCCCCCCCCCCCCCCCCCCCAUUCCUCCUCCUCCUCCUCCUCCUCCCCCCCAGCGUUCACGCAGAAGGUCAGACGAUGUAAAGACUCGCCAUGGUGCUACUGUCAAAGGGCAGAGGGCAGGGCAUUAGAACCUCUGGACGGACUCCCGAGUCUUCAUCAACACGGCGUCAAAAGCACAAACCUGUACUAUGCAAGAUCCAGUGUACAGCCCCCCCUGCCCCCCCCAGUACUGUACAGCUCCCCGUGUAUCACCUGCUCCUCCUCUUUCUUCUUAUCAGCUAAAUACACACAGGAAACCCAACCCCCCCCCCUCCACCCCCUCCACCAUCAACUCUCUCAUUUCCCCGUCGACAUAUCAGCCGCAUCUCCACUACUCGAGCCAUUCCACCAGUUCUCCUGUCAUGUUGUCUGGCAUUUAGUGGAAUUAUAUAUAUAUAUAUUUUUUUUUUAUUAUUUUAAUCCUCUCACCUCUUUGACUUUCCUUUAUUUUUUUCCUCUACAGUGCCUCUCGGGCUGUCUCGGCCAGUUCCAGUACACACAGCUAGCUCCAGGGUUAAACGGUAGCUGCUGAAAAGCCAGUCGCUGAUCAGUGACGAUAUUCAGUUCGUUUCAUUUCUUUCUUUUGCCCUCAGCUGUUGCGGUCAGGGGAAGAGUCGUCACAAAGCCUCUGCAAGGUGAUCUAUGUAGCUUAAAUCCACACGGCAGUGUUUAAAGGACUUGCAGGAAGUUUAAUUCCACGUCACGGCAGAAAAUAUCCUCCCAUCUCUGAUUGUGUGCUAAAGCUACUGUUUGUCCUGAAGAUGUGAAAUUAGGCUCAGUUUUCUUCAUGAAAGAGAAAUGGUUCGUAUCUAAUCUAUCAGCGGAGACACGGAUGCGUCAUUUCGGCUCCGGUAUUGUAACUACUCCUAAUAGUCCUCAGAUGUACAUUGUAGGUAUUUAGCUGUCUUGACUUUUAAAAAAAAAGGAUCAGUGCAGCGAGCAUGACUCCUUUUAAUCCGCCAGCAGUGAUCAGACGUGGGUGGUUCUGUUUGUGGGGGUUUGGGGCCCUCUAGUGGUCACAUGGAAGAUUGUGCUAAGGCCGGUGAAUGUGAAGUUGGUCAGACCUACUGUGUUCAUCAAUUCUUUGGUAAAUGGCUCCUGAUGGGCGGAAUUGAUCUGCUGUCUUUCAUAUUUAUUCUGAAGGAGAUCUGAAGCCCGGUCGUCAGGUCCCACCGUGACGUGCACAGAUGCAUCUUAAAAAGUAUCCAUUUUAUUCAGAUUUGUAAACCACAAGUGGGAAUAUGUCAAGGAUUUGAAUCUUAUUUAAGUACCUGGAAAUAAAAAAAAAAAAAAAUUAAGAUCUUUUUUUUAUUUAAACCCAAAAUACUUGAUGUGUUCCGCUUUAUUGUAAAUGUAGAGCUAACUGAAACUGUUUUCAGCUUUCUGAACAGUGGUGAGACGGGGUUUCCUCUGGUCACUGAUCUGAUCCGGGUUCAGUUCGGGGGUCUUGUGUGGAGUUGGAGUUUGAUCAGAGACGACAGUCUUGCUGUGGUAGAAAUAACUUAAAACACAAAUUAAAAAAAAAAAAAGUUUUUGAUGCACCUUUGUGUAACGUUCACAAACGGCGUGUUGAGUCCAACGGUUGUGUUCGAGCUUCUAUUUAAAUGUCUUACGGCUGUGUUUUCUGUAAAGCAGCGGACGAGGCAGCGACGAGGCCUUUCGGGGCUCCCCGUAAAUACGUGUGUCAAACACACACAAAGUGAAAUACGUGACACUUAAAAAAACCAAAUUUUUAGGCUUUUCGUGUGGGAGGAUGACGGAUAAGUUUGAUAAAGUUGCUGUAUUUUAUAUUCUCAGUAUUAAGUUUAGUUUCUAAUAGUUGGAUAAUUUAAUACGAGUGAACAAAUUUCAGUGAUUUAACCUUUUUUUUUUUGUUUGUUUUUUUGGGCCAAGAUCAACGCCAUCCUGCCGGGUGAAGACUUCCACCUGAUGGCAGUGACUAAUUUUUAGUGUUAUCAUGACUUAGUUACCUCAAAUUACAUAUUCGUAAGUGAUCAUCGUGUAAAUAUUAACCAGGCAAAUGAAGCGUAAUAUAGAGCUUUCGCAUAGUUAGAAGCAUAUUUAUGAACUAACCCAUGAACAAUGUAGUCAAACAGAAAAAACAAAGCUACAAAAAAAAUAAAUAAAUGGUGGAUUUUGUCUCGCGGUGCCUGAACAGUGUUAGGGACGGGGGUCGGGCUGUUGAAAUGUUUUUCUUCCUGUCAGAGUAACUCGAGUUAAAUUCAGUGAAAUGUUUGGAGUUUUGCUACCCAGAAUUCCCCCUCUCUUCACCUGUAACGCUUCUCUUCCUCCGGCAUCACACUCGCCAACACUGAAUAAGGAGAAGCCAAACAUGGUUACCUCACAGAUCUCCAUAGAUUCUCCCUUCUGUUACUGUGAAGCUGCUCAAAAUGACUGAAAUGUUAUUUCAAGUCAGAACAUUUAUGAAUUAUCAAAUUGUCAAAAGCUUUUUUGUGACCUUCAAGGUACAGUAUGUAUUAGUUUUAGUCAAAAUGAUCAUGUAGCAUAGAAAUAAAAAAGGCAAGCUGGUCACAGACGUGUAAACGCGGCCAGAGUGGUUAUCCAGGAGCGGCUCACUGCUGCCACCUAAUGCACAAAAGCGGCAUUACAUAAUGUUCCAUACUGUACCUUUAAAGGUCAGAAUCAGGCUUCUGUGAGGCGAACAAACCAAACCAAACCAUGCACUGGUCUGCAGGGAAGUAUAGAGAACCAGUCGUCACAGAGAUGGCUGACUUCGAAUUCAAAAAAUGUAAAAUAAGCUUUUAACACAUUUCCAUUUUUUUUCUUUCCCCCCCCCCAAAACCCCCUCGAUAUCUGAACUGUAUUUCCUGGGCAGAACGAGAAGCCGUACUCUGAAGGUCGAGCUCUUAUUUGCUUUGUGUUCCUCAGGAGCAGAAGUCCAAUUCAUGUUUGUGAACACUUGGUUUACAAAUGCCUUGAAUACUUGAUAUUUGUCAUUAAAAACUGGAGAAAAAAAAAAAAAAGACCAAAACAACCUGUUUGUUGUCAUUUACAGAGAGACGCGGUGGCGCCGCACUCGGGGUUUGAAUGGGUUUAUUUCUCAACAGCGUCAUGUGCAAACAUUUCUACACCCACUGCCAAGAAGAAAAAAAAAAGGAAACAAUGUGUUCAUUGAACCGCAAGAAGAAA